GGCGCAGCCAUGCCGGCAGCCCGCGCCGGGCCCCGCCGGGCCGCCUUGCGCCCGCAGCAUCGCGGCACCCCGGCUACAACCAGCCGCGCUCCCCUGGGCACCCUGUCCGCCUCCUCCUCCUCCACCUCCUCCUCCUCCACCUCAUCCUCCUCCUCCUCCUCCUCCCACGGAGCCACCCUCCUCCUCCGCCCCCUCUCCCUGCCAGCCUCCUCCCCGCCCUUCCCCGCGCCCCACGCCGCUGCUGGAGCCGCGCGUCACUCGGGCUCCAGCCCCGCCGCAGACAUGGCGACGCUGGCCGCCGUGCAGCCGCUCACGCUGGACAGAGAUGUUGCAAGAGCAAUUGAGUUACUGGAGAAACUGCAAGAAUCUGGAGAGGUACCGGUACACAAGCUACAGUCCCUAAAGAAGGUGCUGCAGAGUGAGUUUUGUACAGCUAUCAGAGAGGCAACAGUUGCUGCUUUUCUUGCUAGUGAAGGCAUUCACACCGCGAGUGGUGAGCUGCCAAAGACUGAUGAAGGCUCUGGGCUUUAAUGUGAUAGGAGAGGAAAGGAACAAAAUUCACCUAUUUAUAUUUCUCGCAUCAUUCCUGGAGGUGCAGAAAGGCAUGGAGGGCUCAAACGAGGGGACCAGGUGAUAAGCUUGAAUGGUGUUAGUGUGGAAGGGGAGCACCACGAGAAGGCAGUGGAGCUGCUGAAGGCGGCUAAGGACAGCGUCAAGCUGGUGGUGCGUUACACUCCCAAGGUGCUGGAGGAGAUGGAGGCUCGUUUCGAAAAACUGAGAACAGCACGGCGCCGGCAACAGCAGCAAUUGCUCAUUCAGCAGCAGCAACAGCAGCAAACUACACAGCAAAAUCACAUGUCGUUAUUCUCAAGAAAAAAAAAGCCUCGAUCAAGAAUGCAGUAAUCAAGCAACCAGAGCUGUACUUCAGUAUUCCAGCAAAAGGGAACAACUACAGGAACACAAAACAGAAUUCAUCUGGAGAACGUACAGUUCAAGAAUAAUGUAGUUAAGACAGCCAUACAGAGGGUACUUUCAUUAUAAGGCUUUUCAGAACAUGGCAGUCACAGGUACAUACUACUUCUGUGACUCUAUGCCUAAUGAGAACAGCAUGGUAAGUAAACACUAUGAGACAGAGAAGUCCAGGGCUUCCAAAUAAUUUUGUUUGUUCUAAUCUUGCACUCCUUACUCCUACAAAUUGGCCAGUUGGCUUUCUCUAGUCAGUGAAAGUUUUGGUUUAAGGAGAUCAAGAUUGGCUGCUCUGGGGGACAAAAUCUUUCUCUACAGUUAUCUCCAGAAAUAAACUACAUCAUUUCAGAAUUUUGCCACAGACAUCAAACUCACACGUUGCGCUUCAUAGCCACUUUGUAAUUUAUAUUGUAGAGCUGUUUUAACCUAACUUCCUGUUUAUAAUUUUCAAUUUUCCCUCUGAAAAUAGCAAUUUACUAUAUUUAUAAAGUAUUCCAUUUGUAGAAGCAAUUAGCUUUUUACUCUUGGUGUUUCCAUAUAUUUUAUUAUGCAUCAACAGAGUGAGAAAGUUUUAGGUCAAUUUUAAUUUUAUUAGUAGUAAAGUUAGGGAAUCCUAGAACUGUAUUUUUAAAUGUAGGCAUUGCUUGUAUCUAUUAUAGCUACUAUUCAGAAAUCUAUAACUGGAUAUAUUAUAUAUUUAUUCCAUAAAAUAUAUAUUGUCUGAAUGUACCUGUUAGAGAAGUAGGGUCUUUGCUUAGCAUGUAUUGCAAAUGUAGUAAGCUAAUGUUAGCAAAAGACCAAGCUUUGUUUGGCAGAUAUUCUUGUGAUAGCAUAAUCUAAGCUUUUUUUUUGUAUUAUUUAAUUUAUUUUCCAGUCUAAUGUUAAUAUAUUUUAGAGAGGAGGAAGUGUAACUUGUUUCUUUUAAAACCCUCACGUUACUGUUUAAAUCAAUUUGAAGUUAAUAGUUCUGACUUUUUUUUUUUUUAAACAAACCAAAUUGGAAUGCACAAACAAAACACAUAAUUAAGUUCUUAAGUUUACAUGUCUGCUUUUCCAAAGAAAAUAGUCAAAGCUGGAAGGCUUUAAAUGUCAUCUACUUUCAAGAAAUUAAGAAAGUGGAAUCCCCAUAUUCUAAUAAAUGAUCAUUUAAAGCAUGCCUUCUGUGCUACAUUAGGAAACACUUGGGGGAGAAAAGAGCUUAGGGCAGAGCCCUACAGCCCUUGCAUAUUGAAAACUCUAGCUGAUGUUAGUGAACGUUUAGCAAUGCAAGGAAAGUAGAAAUAGUCUGAACCAGUGUUCUGGUUCUGAACUUGGAAAAAAGUCAGCAACAGAUAUUAUUUUGAAGGAUCUACUCUCAGAGGGAGGCAAAGCAAAGCAGGGGUAAUGGGCAGUAUCAUAUGUAUGUUAAAAAACAGAUGGAGGCUGGCCACUGGUCUUGACAGUGUUUUAUUAGUAUAAGUAGCAAUUGAAAAGAAAUUACUGUAUUUUUAAAGCCAGACAUCAUGAAUACAUGCAGAAAAAGCUCAUUUUAUACAGAAAAGUAAUUCUAUCCAGUGGCUGUUGGUGACAAUAUCAAUUAAGACAGUGGAGCUUGAGCACUACCAGAAUUAUAUUGUAUUGUGCUCUGCCCAGUGUCUUUUUAUACUUAAUAAAAUUGUAUGUACCUAUUUUAAAGCUGUUUUCUCAAACAGACACUGCUGUUAAUACUGACAGUAUAUAACUUGUUAUUAUGACUUCAUAAAACUGUUCUGUAUCUCAUCAGUAUGAUUUGAGUUACACUGAUAUUUGUGCAUUUUCAGAGACCAAAUAUUAUUCAGAUUUAGUCAGCCCACUGUACUGCAUUUUUCCAGACUGCCUCUCCACCUCCUCCCCUCCUCUUCCUCAAAAAAUUUAGGUUUGAUGGAGUGGAAUGUGCUGAUUAAUAAAUUUCAAUAAUAGAAUGUCAUUCAUAUAGAGAAGCAUAUCAAAUUCAUUUUCAUAUAUUAUUAUUCAAUAAAUUAUUUAUGCACACUAAUAUUAACACUCCAGUCUUUGCCAGCAUUUAAAAAUAAGAUGAAAGACAAAUGCAAGUAAAAUAUAACCAUUAACAAAUGUGAAGUAGAAGCAGGGAGAAAAAACUCCUUAAGGGUUACUUUUCAUGCCCCCUACUGAUCAAUAAAACAUAUAGCCACUUCAUCACAGAGUAAUCUGUGUCUCUUAAAACUAUCAUUGCAUUUUGUUAUAAACAGUCUUUCUGUUUGUGAUUUCAGUGCCUUUGGUACUGAUGCAGUAAGGCAUUUACACACAGGUACUUCAAAGGCCCUAAAAGUAGUGCAGGAAGGACAACAUUUACCACAUGCAGGUCUGCAGGUACUUGUGCAUCACAUUUUAACUGACUGGUCUCCUGACAUUUGCUGUUUCACUACACAGAGUUUACUGUUUCACUACACAGACUGACAUUCCUUCGGGCAACUGAGUGACUUUUAUUGCUCACAUUUACCCUUGGGGCUCCCUCAUGUGCUUCCCUGCACUGGCAGCAAAUCGAACUAGGAGAUCCAAGAAGUCUUUUCUGUCUCAUUACUACAGUAACCAAAAGGGUGUUGCGAUUUUUACGAGCUGCUGCAUUAUGUUCACCUAUGCCAAAGAUUCAGAUGUAAAAACUGAUAAUAAUAGACAUUCAGGGUUGGCGUCAUUUACUUACGGAAGUUGAUGGAUCUGCUGUUCUAGCCAUAGUUUUUCUAUUUGUGCCAUUUGAUCUGACUGGCAGUUUAUAGGAGAUUUAAUGAUUUUAUAUCCCUUGACAAAGUGAAAAGCUCACCAGGUUGCAUUUGCCUCUUCUCCUUCUACAGUGACAAAUCAUAGAUGAAAGGUCAAUGAACGCCCAUGAGUGGAAGCAAUGACAUAAAAAUCUGUCUGCAGUUCCUUGGUGAAUAAUACUGCAGACCUCUUAGUCCUAUGUGUUGUACCUUUUGUACGUAUUUGUCACAGCCAAUGUGACAAAUCUGACCUUUGGGAACUCUUGCAGCAGGCACAAAAAUAUAUGCCACAUUUGCUGGAUAAGAACCUGUUUAUUCAGCUACUGAUUUUAGAGAUUUUAGAGUUGUAUAUGAAAUCUAAGAUCUUAUGAGCAAACAAGGUUUCUAGAAUAAAAAAUGCCAUAUAAGAAGAAGGUUAUUUUUGCCUGUGCUUGAAAUAAUGCAGGAUUUUAAGCAUAAUUACAGUAGUAAAAAUAGUUAUUGUGUGCAUACAAGACGUAUUUCAUUACAAGAUGAGAGACUGUUUCAGAAAGUAGCAACUAUGUUAAAAAGUAUGAGAUUUAAAAAGAAAAAAAAAAAAAGGACCAAGCAAUCUUCUAAUGCAGAAUUGUGUCUAGAAGAGCUAAGGGAAUCUGUGCAUAUAUAAGCAGAGGAUUAUCAGCUAGAAGUAGUACUGUCCCUGCAUAAGCAUUAGUAAAACCAUUUCUGUGUCUAGCGUUAAAGAAAACAAAACUACAGGUUUCAAAAGCAGAGAGCAUUCUGGAAUGGUUUGCAAGAAUGUGCUGCAUGCUACAAUACAUGUCUUGUGAGAAAUGCAACCCAUUACGCUUAACCAGGAGAAGGUCGAGACGAAUUAGGGACACGUUCAGACAGUCUUGCCAGCAGGCCCAAGCUCACCCUGCUUCUCCACGAAGGAAAUGUAAUCUUGUGCUCUGAACCAGCAAAAAGAUUUAGAUAUAUGCUUGAUGGAUUAAUUGCCUCUACCUUCAGCUGUCUAAAAGCAAGCUGUGGAGCUUAAGCUGACUGUUUCUAUGGUCAGUGGAGAGUUAGAGGCAUCCCUAGAAUGUGAUUCAUUCCACCUGUCUCUGACAUCUAUCUUAAAACAGGAUAAUGUGCCCUGCGAAAGGGCUUACAAGCAGAUCCCCUGACUGAACAGAGAGCCUAAAUGACUAACUAGUUUGGAGUAAGCAGUGUCUUUUGUUUUCUUUGCUGCUCUGCUCAUGCACAGCUUCAUGUAAUAAAUAAAUAAAUAAGCAAGCAAGCUGCCUGUGUUGAAUUCCCUAGUCUAAAAUUUCUACCCAUGUAGCUGAGAUGACUAAUACGCCUUACGUGUGAUCUGAUUUGCAAGCAGAUUCGUGUUGAUGCAGUUGUCUGUUCUGAAACGUUCAGAAAUGUUUCAUGUAAUUCCCAACAUAACAAUAUGCAAUAAUUCUAAGAGAAAUUUGAGAGCUCAGGGCUAUCCUUAGCAAUUGUUUUGGUCUGUGUUAUAUCCAGCAGCAGACUACACCAAAAUCCAGUCUUUGAGUGUUAAUAACGGAAGUCUAUACUGCCACCAGUAGCACUGGGCUAGUAUUUUAUAAUAGCUCCAGUCCAGAAUAUGAACAAUUGCUUUUGAUUUUUGGUUACAGACAGAGAUGCACAAAAAUCAAAUCCAUCAAUCGUAGGAAUUUGUGAUACCAAAAUUCAUAGCAAAGCAUAACCAUUUUUGAAAUUUAGAAACCUGCAGCAAUUCAGGGUAAAUUAAAAAGGUGACAAAAAGAAAGAUGUCUAUAAGGAGCAGCCAAAAUCAUCAUAAUAAAAAAAAACACAAAACUAUAGGAAUUUAAUCUCCCAUCUGCUUUAAUUUAUUUUCUUACAGUUAGUUUCAUUAUUAACUCAUCUGACUAAAAGGGAAGCGUAUGGUUCAGCAAUUGCACUUACUUUUGUCUAAACUAUAAAGAGCUGAGUAGAUGAAUAGUAGAUGAAUAGUAGAUGAAGAGUAGAUGAAUACCUCUUCCCUUCCUUCCUCCUUUCUUUCUCUGAGACUUGCAUAAGGCUAGGUUCUGUCUGCAAGAAAGUAACACCCGAACACAUCCCAGUCCUACAGAAAGUUUCUUCAUUAGUCAAAUUACAGUUCCCCCAAGUGGCUGAGGCUGGCAGGGCCUCUGGGGUCCACCAGGACCAAGCCCUGCCCAAGCAGGGCCACCCAGAGCAGGCCACCCAGAGCCAUGUCCUGGAGGCUUUUGAAGGUCUCCAAGGAGGAGACCCCACAGCCUCUCUGGGCAGCCUGUGCCACUGCUCCGUCACCCGCACAGAAAAGACGUGCUGCCUGGUGUUGAGGAAAAGGGAACCUCCUGUGUUCCAGUUUGUGCCCAUUGCCUCUUGGUCUGGCACUGGGCACCACUGAUAAGAGCCUGGCUCAAUCCUUUUUGCACCCUCCCCUCAGGUAUUUAUACACAUUGACAGGAUCCCCUGUGAGACUCCUCCAGGCUGAAGAGUCCCAGCUCUCAUCCUCUCCUCAUAGGAGAAAUGCUCCAGUCCCUUUGUUACCUUAGUGGCCCUCUGCUGGACUCUCUCCAGUAUGUCCAAGUCUCUCUUGUGCUGGGGGACCCAAAACUGGGCACAGCACUCCAGGUGUGGCCUCACCAGUGCUGAGCAGAGGAGAAGGAUCACCUUUCCUGACCUGCUGCUGAUACUUUGUCUACUGUAGCCACUGUUAGCAGCUCCUCCACACCUGCAUUUCUCAAUAAGUUUCAACAAAGCAGAUGUGUUUUAUAGAUUUGCAGGCUCCUGAUUAUUUCAAGGAAACUCUGUGUUAAGCUUGAAGAUAUAGGUCUUUCCCAGCCUUUUCGUUUUGGCAGACCAACUAUUGCACUUGUAAUAAUCCAGCUGGGAGACUAGGAUUUGUUUUUAAACUGAUCCAAGUAAAAACUUUAUCCCAGGAGUCACUUCUCAAAUAUUUCUGUCAUGAUGAAAGAAAUGAAAAAGACAAACACAAAGUGUAACUUUCGAAUUACUGAGAGCAGCCAGUGCAAUGCCACAGAAAGGGGGUCAUAUUUAUGACUUUUCUCACAUUCAUUAAAUCUUCUUCAGUAAUACUUUUUUUUCUCUAUAUAAGUAAAUUACCUUUCAAUGUUGGGAGGACAAUCCAAUUGUCUAGUAGCAGGUUUUGGUAGGAAUAAGGCAAGAGGCCUAGCCAAAAAAAAAAAAGGAACAGUGUGGGAAGAGCCCCACACUGUAUGGUAAGGUAGCUGUGGACAAUUUAGUGCUAAGGGUGAGUGCACCUCAAAUCAGAGUAUCUCUUAGAAAAACUUCUCCCACUAUUUUUCUUUCUCAUAUCCCAAAUCUACUCCCAGUUCCCCCAGUUUUGUCACCUAAAUUUCCUCUGACUAGCCCCUCACUAUCACCAUGCUAUUACAACUCUACCACUGCAGAAAUCCCCUCUUCUUCCUUCACGUGAGUUUUCUUUCAGCUGAGCACUGACACUUGUCCGCAUACCAUCUCCUGCAUGUACAAUCUCCUCAGCCGGCUGCAGCAUUCAGACUUAGCCAGGUCCACCUCUUGGAGCACUCUUUUACAGGAAGGGGAUCUGACCAUCAAUUAACUCAGACUAACAGGUGGGUGCUGGUAACUUCCUAUGUAGCAUUAUUUAUCUCUACUGUUUUGUUUUGCACCAAAUACUGCAGUAUAAUUAAUUCGAUCCCAGACAUGUUAUAUUGGAUUCCUCUGUAUGCACAGCAAACUCGGAAGUCUGUUGUAUGGACAAAUCUAGCUAUCAUUACACAUAUUUGACUAUGCGUAGAAUUGUGAAUUGGCUAUCACAACUACUCCAUUUCCCUUGGACAGUGGCACCCUACAGCUCUGAGAUGAAUAAAUACACCAAGGGAGACGCCUAGUGUUUAACGAUGUGCAUAGCAUCUUUGGCUAUCCCUACCAGUGCUAGAGUUGGCUUUCUGCUAGCGUUAAAAAUUCAGAUGUGCACGGACGUAUGUGAUGCUUAUUCAGAACACUUCCACACAUUUCACAGUGAAUGGACAGUUCAAAAGGCUCCAUUUACCAUUAUACCAAUGAGCAAACCCUCUGUGCCCUCCAAAUGGUGAAUAGCGGUAGGAUAGCAGCAAUAUUCUUACCUGGGAAAGAAUUCUCUGGUAAUAUAAAAAUUGCUCAGUAUGAUCAGUGGGCUGCGCACAGUCAAGGUCUGAUCAUACCUCAUCAGCUGCUCCUCAAUUCAUGCUUGUGCUGAUGAGCAAUACCGCAAAGGACUGCUAGGCAAGUGCUUGCCCUACUAGAAGUAAAUGAAACAUUAAGCACGAGUCUUUGUGCCUUGCUGAAGGGAGCCACGUGACCAGGUGUGGUUGCAGUUUGAUGCAAGUAAGGACUUUCACACUGCAGCAGCUGCUCUGCUUUCAGGGGGAAAGUUGCCAAAAACAGGCAUCAAAGUGGGUUUCCCUGUAGCUGUGAUUUUCUCAAUGAUGCUCGCGGUCUCUACCACUGCCUGGCACUGCCUUACUCAGAGUGACACCCAGACAGUCACAGAUCAUUAGAUCUAGCUGCUGUAUCUACUAGCUGUAGAGACAUUUUAUUUCUCCAUUUCUGGAGAGUCUAUAUAUAUAUAUGUAUAUAUAUUUUUUUUCCCCUGCCCCAAACUCUUACAAAGGUUUUGAUAUUCAGCUUGUUGUGUUCAGCUAAUUUUUUUUUUCCUUAAGUAGGAAUGACAAGCUAGGAGCUAGAAUAUGGUUCCUCACACGAUGGUUUGCCUUCUCAGGCAGCUGCCUCUCUGGAAUACCUGGGAGAAGACAAUAUUCAGGAAAUACCAGCUUGACAAAUAGAGGAAGCCUUAGAUAAUUGGAAGCAGUAUUAAAAAAAAAAAAAAAAGACAUCCCCCAGGAUGAUAACUCAUUCUUACCUUCUGCAAGCUCCAGUGGUAAAGUCCAAGCACCAACAACCUUCACAUUUGCUCCAUGAUAUAAAAGGUGCAAAGGCAGCACACAGGAGGCAAGGAUCAAAUCUUCUGUUAGAAAAAACACUCUGAUAAGGGCUACAGUCCUGGACAAAGAGGGGUAAAAUGAGAGCUAUGCUUAUCCUGGAACUGAACCAAUGUGACUACGUAACAGUUGGACAAAUUUAAAGCCCAAGACUAAGUCUAAGUAAGGCCAAACCCAAAUUCUGACAAAACACAAUUUGUUUGCUUGCAAGCUUCAAAUAAUAAUCUCCUGACAUCUAUAAACAGGUCUUCCUUGAGGCUGGUACAGUUUCUUCUCCAUGUGCCCCGUCAAAGCCUAGGAUGUUUAGCUUACAUCUGAAUAGAGCAAGGAGAUGAGAAAUGUCAUUGGCUCUAAUGCAAGGCCAAGUGACUUUCAUGAGAUGCUGAAGAGUUUCCAACCAGAUUCUUUGCUGAAUUAAGGAACCUUUAGCAGCUAUCUGCAUAACAAUGAGUACACCUCAGAGGCAUGGUUUUGAAGCACUCAUCUUGCUGUUAGUAAAUUAUGUAGCUCACUCAGCUUAUUAUUCAGCUACUCAAGAGUAAUACUGAUCUGUCUUGCAAUCAACACAAACUUGCUCUGCAAGCGAGGAGUCAAAGAUGACAAUCCUCAAAGCUGGAGAAACGAGGAAAAAAGAACACUUCCAAAUGUGAAGCUAGAUGAAGAUUUGACAGAUUUCUCUGACUGUAACAGUAACUAUCAAAGUGGCUGAAGUGACUCAGAAGUCGGUCAGAGCACCUGACUUUUUGUUUUCAGAGGCCAGUGUCAGUGAAGGUGAUAUUCAUCACAGCUAACAUUAGCUGUCUGAAAUUGAGGUUUCUGGUCUAAUCCAAGUGUAAACCUCUGCAGUUAAUGGAGAGACAAUUAUCUCCAAAGGGUGAUUCAUCUCAUCUGUGUAAAGGUUACUGAUGCAAUAUAAUACUUUUCUUUUUUUUUCAGUGAAGACACUAGAAGAAUUUUCUAAUCAUCCUCUUUCACCCCUCUCCCCUCUGUAAUGCCAGGCUUUAUUCCCACCUCAGCUUUGCAGGUUUCUGCUAGGUCCAUUGAAGCAGCAUAAAAAUUUUCGCCUUCCCCAUAGGAAGCACCACGGUUUCAUCUUUCCUUUGUAAGAAUGUAUUAUUCCCAACUUGUCACUGAAGAAAAUAAAUUGGUUUAUUACAUCUCCCCCACCUCAGAAUAAAGCCGUUUAUGGGAAA